AUGCGCGCGUGAAUUUUAUAUGUGGUUGAACCAUUCUCACAUAAAGUGCUCCAAGUACAAAAACAUGCUUACACUUGGGUCAGUUGAUCAGUUCUCAUUCGUAUCUCGUAGCGUUAAAGUGGAACCCACCAUUCCAGUGUGUAAUAUAGAACGGAGAAGUUCUGUGAUUUAUUAUAACAAAGAAUUCUUCAUUAUUCUUAUAACUCUCAAGUAUUGAUCUUCCUCAUAUUUUUUUUAUUCCAAAAAAGAAUAAAUUCUCUGUUUAACAAAGGGGAAAUAAAUAAAUAAAUAAAAUGAGUCGACUCGUGAACUCCCUCGUGAAUCUGAUAGCAAUUUCAUCGGCUGAGAAUCCAUCAAUCCGUCCGCGAGGUAUUAAUUCCAAUGCCGAUAUUGCGUCAACAUCAAAUGCAACACGUACGCUGGCCACAAUGACCAAUGGCUAUGGUAGCAGUGACAAAGAGAAGAAGCCCAAUGAAGCCGCUGCCAUCAUUCGGCGCACCAACAUUGUGUGCUUUGAUGUGGACUCAACGGUAAUCCGGGAAGAAGGCAUCGACGAGUUGGCAGCAUUCUGUGGGAAACGAAACGAGGUAUCACGCCUCACGCGGGAAGCUAUGCAGGGUUCAAUGACAUUCCAGGAAGCCCUGCGAAAGCGUCUGGAGAUCAUUAAUCCGAGUCAAGGGGAGAUAUGGGAGUUUAUCAAGACACACCCGAGUACCCUAUCGAGUGGACUUAAAGACUUCAUUGGCUACUUGCGGGAGCACAAUGUUGAAGUUUUUCUCGUUUCCGGAGGCUUUGAUUGUCUAAUUGAGCCCGUAGCAGAGCAAUUGGGUAUCCCUGUGGAAAAUAUAUAUGCCAACAAACUCUUCUUCACAUACAAAGGAGACUACGCUGGAUUUGAUACGAAUCAACCAACAUCGAGAUCUGGCGGCAAAGCAGAGGCUAUUGCCAAGAUCAAGGCGAGAGCCAAUGAGACGGACAUCAUUACAAUGAUUGGUGAUGGUGCUACUGACCUCGAAGCAUGCCCACCUGCUGAUUACUUCAUCGGCUACGGUGGCAAUGUCGUGAGGGAGGAAGUACGAAACCGAUCAACAUACUAUGUGACGAAUUUCUCACAGCUGAUAGCCAAAUCUCACUGAGAUUUCAACAUUUUUAUCGCCAUUAUUUCUUUAUUUAUCUCUUAGGCGUUAAUUUGUUUUUUUUUUUAAAUUACAUUGUGUGUAAUAAUGUAUAUGUAUGUAGAUGUAAGAGGUAGAUUUUUUUCUUCUGAAAUCAUACAAAAUAUACAUAAAAUGAUCUUAUUAUAUUAGAAAGUA